AUGUGGUCUAAAGAUUCCACGGAAUGGGACAAACUUAAGAGUGUCCUAGACGUCGGCGCUGUUGGCAGCAAAAUUAUCGUCACCACACGUAAACAAGAAGUUGCAUCUGUGGUACGGGGUAUAAUUCCUCCGUACAAUCUAAAUGUAUUAUCAGAAGCCGAGUGUUGGUCUAUUAUCAAGAACAAAGCUUUUUCUCCAGGUGGAGCACCUGAGACUCCAACUAUGAAAAAUAUAGGAGAGCAAAUUGCUGUCAAAUGUGGAGGUUUGCCGCUCGCGGCAACCUUUUUUGGGGGUCUUAUGCGCUCACAAAAUGAUGAAAGGCAUUGGUUGUCUAUCAGAGACAACAAAAACUUAGAAACCCCAAAAGAUCAAAGUGGUGGGAUCAUACCGAUAUUGAAAUUGAGUUAUGAUAAUCUGCCUUCUCAUUUGAAACAGUGCUUCUCAUAUUGCUGUUUAUUUCCCAAAGAUUGGGAAUUUAACAGAGAAAAACUGAUUCGACUAUGGAUGGCUGAAGGAUUCCUUCAUCCAUGUAAUGGAGGAAAUCAGUUCUCACUCGAAGAUAUUGGUAAUGAUUAUUUCCUCAAUUUGUUGUCUGACUCUGUCUUUCAAGAUGUGAAAAUAGAUGACCUGGGCAACAUUGAGGAGUUCAAAAUGCAUGAUUUAGUACAUGAUCUUGCACAAAGUGUCAUCGGCAGUAAUGAAGUCACGAUUCUGAAUGCAAGUGAAAUACAAAAUGACGCAUCUCAAAUUCGUCGUUUACAGUUAAUUAUGGAAGGAGAAGAAGUAUCAACACCAGUUUCUAAUGUUUUGAUGAAUGCAAAAAAACUUCGGACGGUUUUUUACCAAGCUGGACGCUUUUCUUACUGGAGUUUUAAUAACAAAUGUUUACGUGUAAUAUAUCCGCUUGGUGGUAGACGUCUGAAGACUCUAUCUUCACCUUUAAUACACCUGAGGUACCUUGACCUCAAUCAUUCAACCAUUGAAGAUGUUAAUGCAGUGUCCAUUGGUCAACUUUUCAACCUGCAGACUCUCAGCUUACUUGGUUGCAAGAAUGUUGAAAUGGUUGUCAACGGAAUCGGUUAUUUGAAAAAGAUCAGAAUAUUGUUUGGUGAAUAUUUUCCACAGAAAGGUUUGUGGAGAUGGGACUCUUAUUUAUAUUAA